AUGGCGAGCAACACGAGAACCGAGAGCGAUGCCUUUGGCGAGAUCCAGGUCCCCGCAGACAAGUACUGGGGAGCUCAAACUGAGCGUUCUCUCGAGAACUUCAAGAUCAACCAGCCCCAAGAUCGCAUGCCCCCUCCCAUUGUCAAGGCCUUCGGUAUUUUGAAGGGCGCCGCAGCUACGGUGAACAUGCAAUAUGGCCUCGACGAGAAGAUCGCAAAGGCUAUCCAACAGGCUGCCGCCGAAGUCGCCGAUGGCAAGCUGCUUGACCACUUCCCCCUCGUCGUCUGGCAAACGGGCUCCGGCACCCAGUCGAACAUGAACGCCAACGAGGUUAUUUCCAACCGAGCAAUCGAGAUCCUCGGCGGUACCAUGGGCUCCAAGAAGCCCGUUCACCCCAACGACCAUGUCAACCGCUCUGCCUCGUCCAACGACACCUUCCCUACCGUCAUGCACAUCGCCGCCGUGCUCGAGCUCGAAGGCUCCCUCCUACCUUCCCUCAAAUCUUUGCGCAACGCUCUGCAAAACAAGGUCGACGAGUUUGAGGCGAAGAAAAUCAUCAAGAUUGGCCGAACACAUUUGCAAGAUGCCACACCCCUGACCCUGGCUCAGGAAUUCUCCGGCUACGUUGCGCAACUGGACAUGAGUGUUGAGCGAGUUGAGAGCUCGCUGCCUCACCUCAGACUCCUUGCGCAGGGUGGUACUGCCGUUGGCACAGGUAUCAACACUUACCAGGGAUUCGCCGAGGCCAUUGCCGCGGAAGUCAGCAAAAUGACCGGCACUGAGUUCAAGACAGCACCAAACAAGUUCGAGUCCCUUGCCGCACACGAUGCUCUCGUUCAGGCGCACGGUUCUCUCAACACACUGGCUACUUCGCUCACGAAGAUCGCACAGGAUAUCAGAUAUCUUGGCAGCGGCCCCCGUUGUGGCCUGGGUGAGCUCAACCUGCCAGAAAACGAGCCCGGCUCUUCCAUCAUGCCAGGAAAGGUCAACCCUACCCAGUGUGAAGCUCUCACAAUGGUUUGCUGCCAGGUCAUGGGCAACAACGUUGCAACAACCAUGGGCGGCAUGAACGGUCAAUUCGAACUCAACGUCUACAAGCCUCUGAUCAUCCGAAACCUGCUACACAGCUCCCGCAUUCUGGCUGAUGGUAUGGCUUCCUUCGAGAAGAACCUCGUGGUCGGCCUUCAGGCGAACGAGGAGAAGAUCUCGAGCAUUAUGAAAGAGUCCCUCAUGCUGGUUACCUGCCUCAACCCCAAGAUUGGCUACGACAUGGCGAGCAAGGUGGCAAAGAACGCCCACAAGAAGAGCCUGACUCUGAAGGAGAGCGCCAUGGAAUUGAAGGCACUCAGCUCGGACGAGUUUGAUACCCUCGUCAAGCCCGAACUCAUGAUAGGACCGUCGCCCUACAAGGGCUAG